UGUUUUAGCAUAUCUGUAGAGAAUACAUUAUGUUCCUUAUUGGAACUUUCAGUUUAGCAAUGAGACGGAGCGUUAAAAUCCUGUUUUGAAUAUUGUUUCUUUCAACUGUUUGUCUUUGGUUAAUUAUUGUCACCUGUGUAAAAGCGAAACUGUCUCACACUUUCAUAAACUUGUUAGCCAGCUACCAGGAGAUCAUGGGACCUUGUAUCCAAGAUGUCCGCUUCCUUAUCCUCGUGAUUCUCACCUGUAUGCCUGCUGCAGACAGCGAUUUCAACAUCAUCGUACCUUCCCAACCCGUCGAUGUCUACGAGGGCGAUGACAUCAUCCUUCCCUGUCGCCUGUCUCCCCAGAACAGCGCUGCUCGCAUGCAGGUCAUGUGGUUCAGGCAGGGACAGUUUACUUCCCCCCUGUAUGGGUUUGACAACGGGAAGGAGAAUGUGAGACAGGACUACACGGGCAGAGUGAACAUGUCCACACAGGGGUUGGAGAGGGGCGACGUGUCUCUGGGGCUGAAGGGAGUGCUGCUGGCUGAUAGAGGAGAGUACAGGUGUCAGGUCAUCCAUCAGGAUUGGAUUAAGGAACAAGCCAUAGAGCUCCAGGUUAAAAAGGUCGGCAGUGUCCCUACGGUCUCUUUGGUUUGGCACCACAAAACCUUCAUCCAGCUGAGCUGCAGCUCUGAAUUCUGGUAUCCUGAACCUCACAUGCUGUGGCUGGACCACCGUGGACAGGAAGUGACAUCAGCGCAGACAGAGGAAGCGAGACAGUCACGUGACCUGUUUUCCAUCAGCAGUCGAGUCAAACUGGGGAAGGAGCGAAUCCAGGGCAUCUCGUGUGUGGCGAUGUCACAUGACAGGAAGUACAGGCUGGAGUCUGCUAUGGAGAUGACCGAGGAGUUCUACCUCUACAGUGGUCCGGACCGGGCCUACCUGUCUGCCUACCUGAUUCCUACGUUCCUCGCCCUGGUGUUUGUCUGCGUGUCUGUUGUCUACGCCCGCCUCCAAAAAACUGACGCUGAGAAGAAACUGCAGCCCCUGUAUAACAUAGAGGCAGAAUUAAAGAGGAGACGAGAAGAAAAUAAAAUCAAGCAAGAUGACCUCAAAAAAAAGAAAGAAAUACUUGAAAUCACUAACAAGAUCCCUGAGUCUGUUUGGGGCUUAAUGUUGGAGCACGCAGAGGACAUCACCCUUGACCCAGAGACUGCACACUCAUGGCUGCGUUUAUCAGACGACCGCAGUUCGGUGAGCCACCAAGAAACUCCACGUCAAGGACUGACUAAACACAAGAGGUUUCUGGAAACUCGGUGUGUGCUGGGAGAGAGAGGGUACACGACAGGGAGAUAUUACUGGGAGGUUGAUCUGGGGAACAACAGUGAGUGGAGUGUAGGAGUCGCCCAAGACCCUGAGAACAGGGGGUCGGACAACAUCUCCAUCCGCCCAGACAACGGCUACUGGAGUAUCUGUUUGAAGAAAGGAAUGCUGCAGACUGUUGAGGAAUCACGUACUGUUCUGCCUUCAGAACUGAACCCUGCUACUCUGGGAGUGUUUCUGGACAUUGACAAACAGAGAGUCGCUUUCUUCAACGUGGAGAAGAGGGGGCACAUCCACUCCUUCUCUUUCUCUGAGAGAUCUACCAAGGAACUGUUUCCUUUCUUUGGACCUUUAACUGGGUGUAAAGAGGAACUCAGAAUUGUGCCUGUUGAAAGAAAAGGUUCUUAGUGUCAAAGACAGACCCAUGAAGAAAUACUGCAACUACAGAAGUGGGUUCAAAGGUGAAAGGAAAAAAGUGGAUCACAUAUUUGUAACUGUGUUAAAGAAGUGAAGGGGGGAAUAAUACAUAGUGUA